AUUGGGGGCGACUAUCAACCUGUAUUUCCGGUGCGACCCAAAUAACAGCGUUGAUGUCACUGCAGACAAAAUAAUUUGCGCUUCACAUCGCUUUGUGCUCCUUCACAUCAUGUCAGCAUCUGGCUUUCUCCUGGUGGUCCUCGCGGUGUCUCUGUGGCCCGGAGACUCCAGGUUCAUCACAGACCCUUUGUCAUUCAUCGAAGACGAAUCCCUGACUUUGGAUAUCUGUUCAGAAUGCAGCCAGAUUGUCCAGCUGUCCGCCAACAUGAUUUCCAGCAGAGAUACGAAGGAGAAUGUAUAUGAAACCUUGCAUGCUCUGUGCCAACGCCUCCCAGGAGAGCAGGCAUCAGAGUGUGAUUCACAUGUGAAGAUGUAUUUGCCAAAAGUCCUGCAGCAAACACCUGGUCAUCUGAAACCAGGAGAGACCUGUAUGGGUUUUGGACUUUGUGCUGCCCACAACAAUGAGGAUCUACUGAAACUUACCCACCAUGGCACCAACAAAGACACAUCCAUCUCUGCACUCGGCACAGCCACCCGCACCCAUGAGCAGUUCAACCCAGCUUGCACCCUGUGUUUGUUUAUCAUCAAGAAACUGGAGACCCUGUUGCCACAAAAUAUGACCGAGGAUGCUUUAAAGAAACUCAUGGAAGAGGUCUGCGAUCUUGUGCCACAGAGCUACAAGGAGCGAUGUGAUGAUUUCGUUGAAAAAUACGGCGUGCAGAUAGUCGAAUUCCUCUUAUCGUCUGCAGCUCCUCAUACAAUAUGCACUCUAUUGCAUCUUUGUUUGUUCAAAGAGCAGCUUGUUCCAGAGGUGUCCCUCCCCUCGGACUGUGAGUCAUGCCGCACGCUGGCUGUGCUGAGCCGACUCCACCAAGGUCCUAACUCCACCGAACCUCAGACGACUUCUUUCCUCCAGUCUGUGUGUGUCCAUCACCCCAAUGCCAUCCCCAAGUGUGAGGUUUUCACCAAAAUCUAUGGCUCCCGACUGCAGAAGGUUUUGGGAAACCAGAUGGGCGGUCCACAUGCUUGUGAAAGAGCUGAUCUGUGCGUUGCCUCAAAGAAGUUGGAGCCGCUGGGAAUGAAUCGUUGUACUUGGGGACCAAGCUACUGGUGCAAAGACAUUCAAACUGCUCAAAAGUGUGGUAACCAGGCCUUCUGUGAGAAAUACAUGUGGAAGGAGUGAAACUGUCAGCCUGCAGCUAUGAAAAAUAGGUGCAAACAACUACUUUCUUUUAAUGAAUGUAUUAGUACAAUGUUUUUCUUUUUAUUACUUUUUGGGGAAAUGAUGCCAUUUCAGUCAAUCAGCCAAAUAUAUUCCUCAUCAAAUAUUCUGAUUUGCAUGGUGUUAUAAGACUGAGGCUGGAAUUCAGUCUGAAACAUUGAUUUCUGCAGGGUGUAACAGUUUUGUGAACAGUGUUAGUACAGAAAACGUGGUCCAUCAUUACAUAAGAUGAACUCUCAGUAUGUAUUAAAGACAACUGGCUACUCAACUAAA